UUCAUACUUCAUAGUUCAUACAUAUUACUCUUUAGGAUUCCAGACCUCGUUAAUAUUUUACAUUUUCAUUUUCUGUUUUACAGUAAUAUAAAACUAUUUUGUAAAUUAAAAAAAAAAUCAACAAAAUGAGCGGGGCAGUCAAGAAAGUCAGUUUAAUUAGCUCAAUUAUUGCCACAGCCAAGCCCAACUUACAAACUUUUGUGAAGUAUGCUAAAGUGGAAUUAACUCCACCCAAAUUGUCUGACUUACCGGAGAUAAAAAACGAGAUUUCCAAAAUGAUACAAACAGCUCGAACUGGACGUUGGAAGAAUAUUACUGUCAAGGACGCUACCCUCAAAUCACUCAUUGCUCUUGAAGUAUAUAUGUGGUUUUACGUCGGUGAAUGUAUAGGAAAGAGACACUUAAUUGGAUAUGACAUCAAGUUAUAAAUGUAUUCCUGUAAUUUAAAGUACAUAAUGCUUCUCCAGAUUAAAUACAAUUAUUUUGUAUCUAGAAAUUAUAUUAUUUUGUAGGUAUACAACAAUUUUUAUUAUUCAAAUACACAUGUAAACAUUUCUUCAGUUA